AUGGAAGAUGGGCAUGUCAUUCCAAAAGUCCUCCCUACUGAAGUCCGACAUGACAUCAAGUCGGUGAGGAAUCGUAGUUCACCCGGUCUCGACAGAAUCAAGCCUGAACAUCUGAAGUAUAUGCCGCCAGUCCUUCUCAAUACACUGGCAAGGCUCCUCACAAUUUGUCGGAAUGUAAGGUUCCUAAGCAAUGGAAAACCAGCAAGACCGUACUGUUGUAUAAGAAGGGAGACCCACAAGACAUCGACAACUGUCGCUCAAUCUGCUUACUUACUAACACAAUUAGCCUUUCUGAGCUUUGAAACUGAUUUCGACUCUCGUUAUCGUGGACGUCUUCUUAAGGUUCACCGUGCCGAUGGAGUGCUUGAAAGGCUCGACUACUUGAUGACAUGUAUCAACGAACAACUGCUGCAACAUCGUCUUAGCACUAUGCUCGGCAUCAGUCAAAGGUGCCCUUUGACUGAUGCCGAGCAUGCUGACGAUAUUUUGAUAUUUGCGAAGCGCAGCGCGAAACUUCAACAUGUUACCGACCCUGUAUCAAAGCUAGCUUCAGCCUCUGGAUUUCGUCUGCGCGCUGAUAAGUGUAUGCCGAUGUGGGUCCCUCCGAGACUUCGAAUGAGAGUAGGGCCACUUUCUGAACGAAAUGCUUGUGGUCAGCUCCCACCACCAAAUAAGUCGAGCCUACUUAUCCACAAUUCGUUCCAUCAUGAGGUACGGAUCGGAGACGUGAGGAGCACCGUCUACGAACCACCGGGCAAGAAACUACAAAAACAAAUAUUCGCUUUGAAAACACAUAGAAAGAGCGCCACCACCACUGCAAAAAAGCCUGUAUUCACCUUAUCCGGACCGGAAAUACCAGUAGGGAGUAUCAAUGAAAAGACAUUUCAAAUGUCCGACAGAUAUCAGAUCUCAUGUUUUCCUGCUGGUUUUGAUGUCCUGAAGUGA